UUGACCCACUGAAGUUUGAUACAAUUACAAAAACUCCUCUGGCACCUCACACAACUGGGAUCGCGUUGACCUGACGAAGGGACAUAACUCCAGCUAUCAUGGCGCGGCAACCUGGAGAGGCGGGGUUCCCACUUAAGGUGGAGCUCCACGUGCACAUGGAUGGUGCUGCGAGGCACCAGACCAUCCUGGAAGUGGCUGCCACCCGGGGACUCAUCCCGCACUGCAAAACCAUCCAGGAUCUGAAACAGGAGAUCGUUAUGUCCAAACCCAGCACCCUGGAACGACUCUUGCAUUGCUUUGCGACCUUUACUCCCGUGUUUGCUGGUAAUCGUGAUGCAGUGUACCGACUGGCCUACGAGUUCUGUGAGGAUUGUUCCUUGCAAGGCAUCAAGUAUGUGGAGCCAAGGUUCUCACCCCAUCUGCUUGCUAACACAUUUGAGAAGCCAGUGUACGCCCCCGAGCCCGGCAACUUCUCACCGCACGACGUUGUGACAACGGUUAGUGAAGCGCUGAAGCAAGGAGCUCAGGACUUCAACAUCAAGGUGAAGGCAAUCCUCUGCUGUAUACGACACUUUCCAGAAUGGUCGCUAGAAGUGGCUGGCUUGUGUCGGGAGUUCCGCGACAGCGUGGUGGCUAUCGAUGUUGCUGGCCCCGAGUUCCUCAGCGGGAUGGAUCCUACACAGUGUCCCCAUAAACUGGCCUUUAAGGAGGUUGAGAUUGCCGGCCUACAUCGAACAGCGCACGCAUCAGAAGUCAGAUCGUCGGAGAUGAUGUACGAGGCUCUAGAUGAGUAUAAUGCUGAAAGAAUCGGCCACGGCUACCACAGUCUCGACUGUGACAAGAUGUACCAGAGAGUUCUGAAGGAGAGGGUCCACCUUGAAACAUGUCCAAUAUCUUCAAUCAUCACCGGAGGUGCUCCUAAUGGAAAGGUCAACCACCCUAUACUGAGGUUUGCCGAGGACAAGGCCAACUUUUCCCUGAACACCGACGACCCCACUGUCCUGGACAACACCCUCACUGACGACUACAUCACUGCGAGGGGGUUUGGCCUGUCUAAUGAUCAGAUCACGCAAUCGAUAUUCAAUGCAGCGAGAUCGUCCUUCCUCCCUGAUGGAGAGAAGAAACUGCUUGUGUCGGAGCUGGUGGCAGUGUACGGUGACCAGUGGUGACGGCAUUGGGAGGGCCAACUGAAGCACCUUUGAGUAAAUUGAGAGUAUUUACGAAAUAAAAGUCAUCAUGUAAUUU